AUGGCACAUUACAAAGGUGCAGCUAGCGAAGGUGCCAGAGCUGCUGCUCUCCUCAAGAAACGUGAGCAAGGCCGAGAAAAUUUAGAGUUUAUGAAGAAGAAGAUCACUGAGAGUGCUACGCGUAUUGCCACUAUUCAAAGUAGAUUUUCAACCCAGUUUGAUUUCGUGGAAAGAGAACUACGAGACAAUACCAUUGGUUUAGUGACCUUAGAGCAAAUGAAGCAAAAACGUGAACAUAUACUCCAAGAAAGAGAGCGACAAAUAGCAACACAAACUGCUGCACGAGCUGUGCUUGACAAGCGUAAAGAAAGAGAUAAUAAACGAAAGAAAACAACCAUUUCAUUUGAUCUAGACGAAGAAGAAGAUGACGAGGACGAUCAUGAUUCACCUUCCAAACCAACUGUUGAAACUGUGACUUUCAAGAAACCCAAAUUUGGAAAAGAUCCGGAUGUGGAAACUUCAUUCCUACCGGAUCGUGAUAGAGAGGAGGAAGAACGACGAGAAAGGGACAGAUUAAGGUUAGAGUGGGUGGAAAAACAAGAGACUAUCAAGAGGGAAAUUAUUGAAAUCACGUAUAGUUACUGGGAUGGCUCAGGACACAGGAGAACGAUUCAGGUUAAUAAGGGAAAUACUAUACAGCACUUCUUACAAAAGUGCCUAGAAAACCUAAGAAAGGAAUUUAAUGAACUGAAAACCACCACGGUCGACAAUCUAAUGUAUAUUAAAGAAGAUCUGAUAAUACCUCAUCACAUGUCGUUCUAUGACUUUAUUGUACGCAAAAUACGUGGAAAGAGUGGUCCGCUCUUUACUUUCGAUGUCCACGAAGAUGUUCGAUUAAUUAAUGAUGCAUCUGUAGAAAAAGACGAAUCGCAUGCGGGUAAGGUCGUUUUGAGGCAUUGGUACGAAAGAAAUAAACACAUUUUCCCCGCUAGCCGUUGGGAACCGUACGAUCCUGAAAAGAGUUAUGACCGUUAUACAAUUUCUGACAAGAAAAGUAACUAA